UCUUCUCCAUUAUCAAAUCUCUGUGAGAAAUUAAUCAAUCAAUUUGGUGAGAAUGGGAAAGGGUGCUAAUGGAGUCAGCUUUGAACCCACAGAAAACAUGGCUGCUUGGCUUCUCGGCGUUGGCAACCUCAAGAUUCAGCCCUUCAACCUUCCUCCUCUUGGUCCUCAUGAUGUUAGAGUGAGUAUGAAAGCAAUUGGAAUUUGUGGGAGUGAUGUUCACUACCUCAAGCAUGGGAGGUGUGGAGAUUACAUUGUGAAAGAGCCAAUGGUGAUCGGCCAUGAAUGCGCCGGAAUCAUUGAAGAAGUCGGGAGCGAGGUGAAGAAUCUCGUCUCCGGCGACCGUGUGGCUUUGGAGCCCGGCGUUAGCUGUUGGCGGUGCAGCCAUUGCAAAGAAGGCAGUUACAAUCUCUGCGACGAGAUGAAAUUCUUCGCGACGCCGCCGAUCCACGGCUCUCUGGCUAACCAGAUCGUGCAUCCGGCGGAUCUGUGCUUCAAGCUCCCGGAGAACGUGAGCUUGGAGGAAGGCGCGAUGUGCGAGCCGUUGAGCGUCGGCGUGUACGCUUGUCGCCGGGCGAACAUCGGGCCGGAGACGAACGUUCUGGUGCUCGGAGCCGGUCCGAUCGGCCUCGUCUCCAUGCUCUCCGCUCGCGCCUUCGGAGCUCCGAGAGUUGCUGUUGUGGACGUCGACGAUCAGCGUUUGGCGUUCGCGAAGAAAUUGGGAGCGGAUGUGAUUAUCAAAGUUUCACACAAGAUUGAAGAUGUGGAAUCUGAGGUGGAAAACCUCAAGGCCGCCAUGGGAGUCGGAAUCGACGUCAGCUUGGACUGCGCCGGUUUUAACAAGACAAUGUCCACCGCCCUUCGCGCAACCCGCUCCGGCGGCAAGGUUUGCCUCGUCGGCAUGGGCCACUGCGAAAUGACAGUCCCCCUCACUCCAGCAGCAGCAAGGGAGGUGGAUAUAGUGGGGAUAUUCAGAUACAAGAACACAUGGCCACAGUGCAUAGAGUUUUUGAGGAUUGGAAAGAUUGAUGUGAAGCCACUGAUCACACAUAGGUUUGGGUUCACACAGAAGGAUGUUGAAGAGGCAUUUGAAACCAGUGCUCGUGGUGGCAAUGCUAUCAAAGUCAUGUUCAAUCUUUAGAGUUUAGAUUGAUUGCCAUUCAUGAAUAACUUAGUUAGAAAUUGAUGAAUAAUACAAUUAGAGUUGAUGAAUAAGCUAAUGUAGUGGUUAGCACUUAGAGCAGCGUUUCCUUAAGACUUGACUACUCUCUUUUUCCCUUUCUUGUACUUGGGUACUUAUUAAGUUUCAAUAACGUAAGUGUUUAUGAUUCA